UGGAUGUUGAUGUAUUGUAUCGCGACACCUUGGUCAACUUGGUGUUGAGUGUAAUAAAUUAGUAGAUCUAUAUUAGAAAUAAAUAAUUAAUAGACCUCUAGAUCUAUAGGUUUACCGGCAACUAUCUAUUCUAGAUUAUUAUAAUAUUUGUAUGAUUUCUUUUUGGUAAACCUAGAUUCAGAUAUAAAUCUAGAUCUCUAGAUUCUAGAUCUACUAUCUAGCUAGCUAGAGACCAAUUUUCAAAUAGAUCUACUUCAGAUACUCUUGACUUGAGAUACCGAAAGUGAGAUAGAUCUAGAGUACUAGAUCUAGUAUCAUAGUAGAAUAUAGAUCUAUCUUAAAUUAAGUUAAAUCUUAAUGAAUUUAUUCUUUUAAAUUUUAUCUUGUGGUGAAAAACUAGAUCUAGAUUUAGAUCUAUCUUCUAUAAAUUCUUCUUUGUUGACUAUAAGUCACUAUCACUAUAUAUAGAUCUAGACUCUAGAUCUAUAUCUAGUAUCUCAAAAAAUGCGUGGUGGCAGACCAAGAUAUCGAGGAAGAGGACGAGGUUCUCAGCAACAAAAUUUUCAACCACAGGCACAAACUGAAUCGUUUCAAGAUCCCAGUCCUCGAGCUAGUGGCAGAGGGGAAAAUAUGUCUCAAUUUUCUCAAGAAACACAAGCUUCUUACGAGCGUUGGCAACCAGCCUCAGGUUCAUCUUCUGCAAGUCAUGUCGAGCCAAUCCACUUUGUUCCUAGUCAAAGUCCGCAGCAAAAGUAUGAGUGCAUUCAUAGCGAUGAGGAAUAUAGUAACUCUGGUCAGAACCCUGGUGGAAAUCAAUAUCCAGUAUUGGAUGUGUCAGAAGGUGUGUGGCAGACUGUGGUCUCAGAGAAAGAUAGUCAGCUCAAUGAUGUCUCCAAACAGGAAGUGGAGAGUACCGAGCCGAAAUUGGAACUGUCUCAAAAAAUAGAAGGUGGAGAGAGGAUAGUAACAUCCAGACAUCCGUGUAUGAUGCUGAAUGAAAAAGAGAAACAUUCAGUUGAUUACGAGCUAGUUGAUGAGGAAGCCCCCAAUCAACAGUAUGUCAUGGUUUGUAAGGUUCAAGGAAUGAGUUUCAAGGGGCUAGGCAAGAGUAAGAAGGUAGCUAGAGCUAGAGCAGCUGAGUUGGCAUUGGUUGAACUCUACAACAUAAUAUAUGAUCCAGAUGCCCCUGAUGUUGGGGUUGGCAAAAAGUCGUUGAAACGGAAGGCUCCAUUGCCUGUUCCGGAGGAGCAGUCUGCUGGUGACCUUGAAGCAAGUGGUGAAGCAAGUGGUGACCAAGGUGAAGACAUGUUGGGCAAGAGGUCUGGGACUGGGGAAGCUAAGCCCAAGAAAAAGAGGCGACUGAAUGGUCCUCCAGAGCCGAAAAAUGCUUUAAUGCACCUGAAUGAGCUGAAACCUGGCACGCAGUUUAAGUUUGUGUCCCAGUCUGGCCCCGUUCAUGCCCCUGUCUUUGUCAUGUCUGUCGAGGUCAACAACCAGGUUUUUGAAGGUCGAGGCAACUCCAAAAAGCUGGCCAAGCUUCAUGCUGCAGAGCUUGCCUUGAAAUCCUUUGUACAAUUCCCAGAUGCCUCGGAGGCUCAUCAAGCCCUUGGAAGAGGCUUCCUGCCUGCCACCGCUGAUUUCACCACAGACUCUGACAUGACAGGCUCAGACGUCUUAUUCAAUGACUUUGAAAACCAGAACCGUGGCGGUGGUGAUGGUACACCUUCUGAGACUGUGGACACAUCAGCACUCAACAGAGCUCAGGCCAUCAACAUUCAGAGAAAACUUCAGGCCAUUCCAGAGCAACAAUCCAAUAAGAAUCCAGUUAUGGUUCUGAAUGAGAUCCACAGAGGUGUGAAAUUUGAAUUGGUGUCAGAAGUGGGAGAGAGAAACUUCAGAUUAUUUAACAUGAAGGUGACUGUUGGUGCCAGAGAUUUUAUUGGUUCGGGUCGUAGCAAAAAACUGGCUAAGUAUAAUGCAGCAUUAAAUGCCUUGAAAGUUUUACAUGGGAUCAACCACUUUGAAAGGAGAGAUAUGACUGCAGUGAACCCAGAAUCCAUCCAAGGAGACCCUCAGGUGCUUGCUGAUCAUGUGGCCCAACUGGUUUUCAACAAAUUUGGGGAGCUAACCAACAACUUUAACUCCACCUUUGCCAAGAGGAAAGUACUGGCCAGCAUUGUGAUGACCUCUAGCAAUGACGGUGACCCGGGGCAAGUGAUUUGCUUGGGUACAGGCACUAAGUGUAUCAAUGGAGAGUAUUUAAGUGCAGAGGGUAAAGGUGUAAAUGACUGCCAUGCAGAGGUCAUCUGUCGGCGGCUACUAAUUAGGUACCUCUACAACCAGUUGGCACUUCAUCUCAAUCCAGCCACUGCUGACCAGUCCAUUCUGGUCCAGAGGCAGGAGGGUGGAUACCAAUUAAAAGAGGGCAUUAAGUUUCAUCUGUACAUCAGCACUGCCCCUUGUGGUGACGCUAGAAUUUUCUCUCCCCACGAGAGAAGCUCUAAGGAACAAAAAGAGGCUGAGUCCUCAGAAAUAUCUACAGAUAAUUCCUCCGGGGGUGCCAGCUCAGGAGAGGACCCGCAGACAAAGGACACUCACCAAAAUGGUUUAGACAAGCAUCCAAACCGACGAGCUAGAGGACUCCUCAGGACUAAAAUAGAGUCUGGUGAGGGGACAAUACCAGUUAAAAUUUCUGGGACCAUCCAGACAUGGGAUGGUGUUUUGCAAGGUGAGCGGCUACUGACAAUGUCCUGUAGUGACAAGAUAACCAAGUGGAAUGUAUUAGGGCUUCAAGGGUCAUUACUGAGUCAUUUUAUCACACCUGUUUACCUGAGCAGCAUCAUAGUGGGCAGCUGGUACCACAGUGAGCACAUGGUCAGGGGUGUGUACAGCAGGGUGGGUCACAUGACACUCCCCUCCCCUUUCUACAGGCUCAAUAAACCUUUUUUGAGUGGCAUUUCCAGCCCCGAGUGUCGACAGCCUGGCAAGACUCCAAACUUUUCAAUUAAUUGGUGUAUCAAUGAUGAAAAUUUAGAAGUUGUCAUCCCAACCACAGGUAAAACAAACAAAGAUGGUGUCUCUCGGCUGUGUAAACAAUACAUGUUUAGACACUUUCUUAAUUUGUAUGGAAGGAUCAGCUCAUUGUCCAGUCAGGGUGUUCUAGAUCCUCCCAAGCUGUACUCUGAAGCCAAAGCAGCAGUGAUGGAUUAUCAACUGACAAAGCAAGCUCUGAUCACCGCCUUCCAGCAAGCCAAUCUUGGACUUUGGGUGAAGAAACCUCCAGAACAUGAUGAGUUCCCUCUGGUGGAUGUAUAAAACCCUGACAGUGCCCGCUUGACCUAUGUCUUACAGUUCUUGUUAUCUUGAGGAUCAGUUUUAGUGUUCAGUGUCCAAUGUUGUCCAUAUUGUAAACAUGUAGUCUCUCACACAAUGGUUGACCUUUCACCUUAUGUUGUUGUACACAUUAGUAUCAAAUUGACUUGAUGUCAUUACACUUAAAAAUGGAUACCAGUAUAGUGAAACUAAAAUGUCCAAAGUUUUAGUUAAUGGAAACAUUUGCUCAGGCAGCAAAUGUUACCAAAUGAAUGUUGAGGAAACAGGAUAAGUAGAUUUUUGUCUUAUUUUCUCAUAUUUCAGAUUUAUCUAUAACAAACGUUUGUUCAGUACAAGAACAUUAUGUCCAUUCCAUCCAAAUGGUAGGAAAAAGGAAAAUUAUUCUAAUUAAUAUCCAAGAAAAUAGAUUUACAUUUUUCUGUUAGCAGUGGAAUUCAUUCUCUUGCUGUAUAUAAGACCAUAGACCAGAUUCUUUAUACAAAAUGUUCACAGUGAGUGCAUAACAAUAUGAUUAUUAUUUUAUAUAUUGUGUAUCACUGGGUCCCUUAACACUGCUGCCAUAGACUGUUAGCUCUUCCAAGAAUCACAUCUUCUUUUUAGAUGCUGGCUUUGAUGUAAAAAUCAUAACAUAUUUAUUUCCUGUGAAAAAUUAGUUGCAACAUAAAAAUGAUUAGUCCUUUUUUUUUUUAAAAAAAAAGAGCAUAAUGAAGACACUGUUUUUUUAUAAAUAUACUGAUGAAUAUUAUUUUAGUAAUAUGUAAAAAUCAUAAACCUAUUUAUUUCCUUUGAAAAAUUAGUUACAACAUUAAAAUGAUGAGUCUUUUAUUUGAUUGCAAGAGAAGGUCAUAGGUUAUAUUUGAAAUAUACUGAUUUUAGUAAUAAAUCAUAUUACAUGUUAAGAAGUAAAACAAAAACCAAUGUCUCCUUCUGUCUUGAAGAACAAUGAAUGUGCCCAGGGGAACUACUGGUGUUUAGUUUAAAAAAGACAAAAGCUGAACGCCAACACUGAAAUGUUGGAACUUGCCGUAGAUGUAGAUUUGGCUCUUGAUGAGCUUAAUAAAGGCGGGACUAAGUUUAGGCUUCGAUGUGUUACAAAACAACUUUUGUAACUUUGUAACAAAUGGAGAGGGGCAGUGAUGCCAUGACGUACAUAUGGGGACAUUUUUAACUGUUGUUGUUAUUUGUUUGAAAGACAUUUUUAAUAUACCCCAUCAUUUAUUGUAGUUUCAAGUUUGUAGUUACUAUCUUUUAUUUUGUUGUCAAGUUCCUGUUGUAAAUGUAAUGAUUCAGUUUUUUUUGUUUGUGUAUGACCUAAAAGAGUUCUUCUAGGGCAACUGACACCAAGAGUUAACUGACAUUCCAGAUGGUAAUGUUAUGUGUUAGUUCAUGUUCUGAGACAGUUCAAAGUGGAGUUGAGCUAUAAUCACUUCACCACAUAAUUAUCUCCCCUUUCAUAAAGUUUGUAACCUACUGUAUAAACAAUUCUCUUAAAACCAUAACAUUGUUGAUGUCUUUUUUUUUUUUCAAAGGCCUAAAAA